AAAAUGGAUCUCCGAAAAAAGUGUCUGUCAAAAAUUUAUCGUGUUCGCGAGAGAGGGAAGGAAUAAAAAUCCUCAAAUUUCUCGAUAAAUUUCUAAAGCUGUGGUUGUUUCUGGGGCUGAAAAAAGACACUCACGUGGAAGAUGAUUAAGCUAUUUACACUGAAGCAGCAGAAAAAGGACGGAGAGGCCACACCAAAGUCCAGUACACAGAAAAAGAGUGCAGCUCAUCUGAGAAUUCAGAAAGACAUCAAUGAACUGAAUUUGCCAAAAACAUGCACUACGGAAUUUCCGGAUACGGAUGACUUGCUGAAUUUCAAAUUGGUCAUCUGUCCAGAUGAGGGAUUCUACAAAGGGGGAUGUUUUGUCUUUAAUUUUAAGGUUGGUCCGAACUAUCCACAUGAACCACCAAAGGUGAAAUGUGAGACACAAGUCUACCAUCCCAACAUUGACCUCGAGGGUAACGUCUGCUUAAACAUCCUGCGCGAGGACUGGAAACCUGUCCUAACAAUCAAUUCCAUCGUCUACGGAUUGCAAUAUCUCUUCCUGGAGCCCAAUCCAGAGGAUCCGCUGAAUAAGGAAGCUGCUGAGAUUCUGCAGACAAAUAGACGGCUGUUUGAGCACAAUGUGGCCAAGGCGAUGCGAGGAAAUUACAUUGGAGACACCUACUUUGAGCGUUGUCUCAAGUGAUACCUAAAUCUUAAGUGUUGCGUCUAUUUGCUCCUCAUUACGAUUGGCUGGACGCAUCUAUAUAAAUUUUAACCACAAUCCACGAAUGGACUUGGCCGGAGGGGAAGAAGAUGAUAAGAAAAAAACACACACAGUAGGAUGAUAAAUGGAUAAAUGUGGAGAUAAAACUGCAGGAGGUUUAUUGGAGGAUAAAACAAAAUUUUCUGGUAAAUACAAAAUAUAAUUCUUUUCUUCCCUUUGCUAAUUCUUUCAACUUUGACUCGAUUAGGUUAUUUUUUUCUCUUUUUCAUUUUUAAUUUAAAAAAAAUAUGCUAAUAAAGUUGGAUGUUUUUUUGUCAAUUUUCUCUGGGACUUUAAAAACAAAUAGAAACACUUUUAUCCUCAAAAGGAAAAAUUCAAAAUAAGAUUUAAGAUUUAAGAAAAUAUAUAAAUGAGAUUUUAGAAAAUAACCCCUGCUUGUCUUAGACGAAAAAAAUAAAAGGAAUGGUGAAGAAUACGGGAUUUCUCUUUUUUAACAGGGAUUUCUUUUAUUUUUUAACUCUGAAAAUUAAAUGAAAAAAAAUAAGAAUUUGUUGUUUUGAAGAAAAAAAAAGUCCAAUUUAUUUUACACAAUUUAAUUAACAAAGAUGAUUUUAACACUGAGUUAAGAAGUAAAAGGAAAAAGAAAGCGUCAAAAUGAAAGAGAAAUUCAAACUUAAGACUAUUUGAACACGCAUUAUUAAUGUUUAUUUCCUUAAAAGAAAAACACCUUAACUAUAAAAAGAAAAAAGAAUUCAGAGAUGAGAUUUUCGCUUUAUUAUCUCAACUUUUUUUUAAAUUAUAAAUAAAGGAAAGAGAGCAACUUUUGAAGUUCUGAAAUUAGUUUUUGAAAAAAAUAUAAUUAACAUAAUGUUAUACUUGAUAGAAAUUGCACAAAGAAAAGUUCACUAAAAAAACAAUUAUUGUCUUUUGAAAAAAAAAAAAGUUAGUAAUAUUAAAGGAUUUUAAUAAAAAAAACAUCCUAUAAAAUCAGCUUCAAAAAUUGCAAAAUCUCUGUACAUAAAUAUGUGUAAAUCUUUUUUCUUUAAUUUGCAUAAAAAAAUAUUCACUCUCAUCUCUUGGAGGGGGCGGGGCUUAAAAUGAAAAUCAAGAUGACAUUUUAAUAUUUAAGACAAAUUGUGAAUCUAUAUAAAAAAAAUAAGACAAGAUGAAGGAAACGUUUAAAAUUCUGUGGUCAAAGUAUUUUGUUGGAAAAGAAAAAAAAAUUACAAUAAAAAAAAAAGAUAUAAAUUAAUCUCUAUUUAAUGCGACAAAAAAAAUUAUGGGAAAUAAAUGGACAAAAUAAUGCA